AUGAGAGGACGAGGACGCGGAUCUUCAUCACGGGGUCGAGGAGACCAUGGCAGGGGUAGUGUCCACACAACUGAAUCAGAAAAUGUCAAUCAAGAUUUGGUACAACACACUGCUUUGAUUCCUAGACCAGACCAGGGUGAGAGAUCCACACCGGGUGCUGCAUCAUCCACUCCUGCAUCAGUGCACACAUCUGCUACUGCCUCAGCACCCAUAGGUUUGCCACCUAUUGCAUCUACGGCUACAUCUGCAUCUGCUUCUGGUAGUUGUGCACCUACAGGGCUCAGACCACAUAUUCACUUAGUAAAUUCAGUCAUGCAGCCUUCUGAUCCGAUUGCUAGGCGGAUUACCUUGAUCUUCAAGGAAAAGUUAGUAGCAGAUGGAUUUUGUUGGAAGAAUGUACCAGAAGAGGUUAAAGAAUUCUAUUGGCAAGAAUUUAAGAAACACUUCUUAUGGGAGGAGGCAAUAGAACAACUGAUGAAGAUAGCUUGGAGAAAGAAAGCUGCCGAGCGAUAUCGUAGCCUUAUGUGUAGCGUAAGGAAUGGGAAGGAGAAGAGACUAUCACUGACAGAAGGAGUAAUGGAUGCAUGGCAAUUCGCUUGGGGAGCAACUGAGUAUAAAGAGAAAUGCAAAAAAUUCUCAAAUAACAGAAAGAGUGAAACAGGUGGGCAAGGUGCUGGCCCAUCAAGACAUUGUGGAGGAUCCAUAUCUCAGUAUAGGCAUCAACAACAGAUGCGCGAAAGACUAGGCAGAGAUCCUCUACCUCAUGAGUUAUUUGAGGCUACGCAUAAGAAGAAGGGUUCCUCAGAGUUUGUUGAUGCACGCUCAAAGUCCAUUCAUGAUCGCUUUCUGACUUUGAAAGAGCAAGCAUCACAGACAGAUAAUGACAGUAGUCAGGCAUCCCGCGUUGAUGAGGCUCAGUUAUACUUUGAGGCAGUAGGUGGAGAGAAAAAAAGAAGGGUGUACGGUCUUGGAUCACAGGCUUCAGUUUUCUUCCCAAACAAGACUUCUGCUAAUACAUCCUUCACAUCAGCUCAGCAAAAUCAGGAUCUUCAAGAUGAAAUGGCUGAUCUCAGACGCAAGCUACAGGAGCGUGAGGAUAAUGAACAAGCAUUGAUUGAGCAAAAUGUGCGGAUUACCUCUGAGCUCUCACAGGUGAAGGAUUUACUUAUGCAGCUUGUGAGUGAAAGACAAGGCAACCAGCCUUCAGCUCCCGGUGAGGGAACUUCUGCACAGCCUGCACAGCCUGCACAGCCUCCUUAUCAAGCAGAUGAAACAAAUGAUGAGGACGAGGACGAGAACACUACACAUUUAUAG